GUGUAAGGUUUCAUUUUCCCUAACCAAAAACCACCGGCAAUGCGCAAGGUAACAAAUACUGAAAGGAAUUUCUAAAACCUAGCUCUAAAACCCUACCCAAAAUCUGUAGUUUUUGCGUCCUUCAUCGGUUGCUGCUGCUCCGCCUCCCUUUUAUCGUUCCUACUUCCAUCUUCUUCUACCAAAAAAUAAGCAGAUUAAGGCGAAGAAGAAUCUAGCUUAGUGAAAGCUUGCUGCUCUGUUAAUCCAUAUGGAGAUUAAUGUGAAGAAUAUAGCAUUUGACCUUGAUUUUCAUCCUUCUAAUCAGCUAGUUGCUGCUGGUUUAAUCACUGGCAACCUUUAUGUAUAUCGAUAUGCUGAAGAUUCUGAACCACAAAGGGUGUUGAAAGUUCGUGCACACAGUGAAUCUUGUAGAGCUGUUAGAUUUAUCAAUGAAGGACGUGUGAUCCUCACUGGUUCUCCAGAUUGUUCUAUUCUUGCAACUGAUAUUGAAACAGGAUCUCCAGUUGCUCGUCUUGAAAAUUCUCAUGAGAAAGCUGUGAACAGGCUAGUUAAUCUCACAGAAACAACAAUUGCUUCUGGAGGUGAUGAAGGGCAUAUAAAGGUAUGGGAUACAAGACAGCAGACAUGCUGCAAUUCAUUUAAAGUUCAUGAAGAGUAUAUUACUGAUAUGACCUUUGAGCCUGAUUCCAUGAAACUAUUGGGAACAAGUGGAGAUGGCACUUUGUCUGUUUGUAACCUACGAAGUAGCAAGGUUCAAACCCAAUCAGAGUUUUCUGAAGAUGAGCCAUUAUCUAUAGUGAUAAUGAAGAAUGGUAGAAAAGUUAUAUGUGGGACUGAAAGUGGAACCAUGUUAUUAUACUCAUGGGGCUUUUUCAAGGAUUGCAGUGAUCGCUUUACUGGUCUUUCUCCAAAUCCAGUAAACGCCUUAUUGAAGCUUGAUGAAGAAAGGGUUAUCACUGGAACCGAAAAUGGUCUCAUCAAUUUGGUAGGUAUAUUACCCAACAGGAUAAUUCAGCCAAUUGCAGAACAUUCAGAGUAUCCCGUUGAGCGUCUCGCAUUUUCUCAUGAUAGAAAGUAUCUUGGAAGCAUAUCACAUGAUUCCAUAUUAAAGAUGUGGGAUAUCGAUAGUCUAUUGCAGGAUACUGGAAAGAAAGCAGAGGGUAAAUCAGCUGCUGCUGACAGUGAUGAUGAUGAGGAUGAUGACAUGGAUAUGGAUAUGGAUAAGGAUGAUAUUCUUCCAAAGUCAUCUAAAGGCACAAAGAGGAAAAACAACGGAGCUGGCCUCGAUACCACAAGUGAUUUCUUUGCAGAUUUAUAGUUUAAGUUCAUGAAAGCAUGCAAAAAAAAGCAUUUUAUGUGACAAUGUUUCAUCUCUCUUUUUUUUUUUUUUUAGUUACUGGUAUUUCAAAUAUUGUCAAUGUGUUUCUUUAGUAAUUAUUUAUUUAUGGUUUCUCUUAAAUUUUGUUUUACAUGAUUAUUCGAGG